AUGGACAACACUUUGUCUUUCACAAACCUGAUGAAUUCUGCAUUCACAAGUGUUGAUCCAGAAAAACUGGUUAGUCAACAGCAUCAUUUCCCCUCACCCCAUUACCCCAUGAGCUAUCCACCACCACAAUUUCCUCCAAAUUUCCACCACCCAUAUCCACGAAUAUUCAAUCCUUUUGGAGCCCAGCCAAAUUACCCACAAUUUCCAUUCACACAAGGAUAUCCUGGGAGUUCUUACCAGGGUGCUGUGGGUGUGGGACAACACCCACGAGGAGGCAGUGAAGCUUCACCGGUUGGGUCCAUAGCCUUUUUUCAAGGUAGCCGUGCCACCGAUUCGCGAGGUGAUGAGAGUAGCCCGAUUGGUUCAGCUUCUCCAGUGUCCCAAGAGCAGCAACUUGGUGCAGAUCCUGUCGAAGCAGCAGUUUGGAGUGAGAGGAGUGAGAGCAGCCCUGAUGAGUUAGAAAAGAGAGAAGGGCGUGUACAUUGGGGUCAAGAAGAAAAUCUUCGGCUACUAAGUGCUUGGAUAAAACAUUCCACAUAUCCAGUUGUUGGAGUUGAUAGAAGGGGAGAUAGGUAUUGGAAGGAUGUUGCAGCAGAAUACAACAUGCAUGCCCCCAAACAACAGAGAAGAAGUGCUACUCAGUGCAAGAACCAUUGGCAAAAGACUAUCCCUUUUAUUACCAAGUUUAAUGCAUGCUAUGACAAGGCAAAAAGGGAGCAUGGCAGUGGUGAAUCUGAUGAUCAAGUCAUAGAGAGAGCACGUGAAGAAUACAAAGGAGCUGCAAAGAAAAAAAGGCCUUUUGCACUAGAAUAUUGGUGGAAGGCAGUGAAGGAUCAGCCCAAAUGGAGUAAAGCUUACCCGAUUGAAGAAAUGAUGAAUAAGAGAAGUCGGUUGAAUGAAUCAGGAGCUUAUACUUCUUCAAAUCCAGAGAGCGAAGAUGCAGACCCUUCAUCUAGGUGUCAACCACUAGGGCGAAAUGCAGCCAAAGCUCAACAAAAAAACAAAGGCAAGUUAGUUCAUUCAGAAGACAGUAUUUCAAAUGAUAAUGUGCAGCAAUUCAAUGAACUUCAGUUAAGAAAAACAGCUGCUGCUGAGAAAAUGGUUGAAGCAACACUUGUGCAAGCUGAAGCGGCAAAAACCAAAGCCGAGGCUGAUAAUAAAAUGGCAGAUGCAGAGAAGGACAAGACAAAGCUUCAGAAAAUAGAGAUGUACAUGGUGCUGCUUCGUACAGACACAUCAGGUUAUGAUGAAAGAACCAAGGCAGGACAUGACCAAAUGUUGGCUUUAUUAGCUAAGGACCUUUUUAGUUAA